GCGCUAAUCUGUUACCGGAAAAAAAAACACAAGAAGAAGAAUCUAUGAGUGAGACGUUUAAGUCCACCUUCAAGCAGCGCAUCAUUUAACUCCUACUGAAGAAACAUUCAUAGAAAAAGCCUUGGUAUGUCCGAGGAAAAGAUGGACGAUCAGCACAGACUGCUAGAUUUUACCAGGACCCCCCUGCUCAUUUUACACCGAAUAGACCACCUACAAGAUUAUGUUGGCAAAGAGGAGACUUUCUAUGACCAGCAGCUCUAUAAACAGGAGAGGAUUUGCAGUUUGGACCAAGAGGAACCUGGACCUCUGCAGAUGAAAGAAGAACACCAGGAACUAGACACUACCUGGACUAAAGAGGAGACAAUAGAGCUCCCCAUAAAUGAGCAUGAAGAGCAGCUUCUUCUCAAACUGGAGACUGAAGAUACAUUUAUUAUGACUCCUUUACAUGAAAAGACCCAGACUGAAAAAGAACCAAUCAGGAACCAAUUCAUCCCUCAGGACUCGAAUACAAUUCAGAAGCAGGAUCAAAACGACUCAGGUUCAAAGCGACAUAAAGGGCCCAAAUAAAGUAGAUGUCAGGAAAACUUAAAUUGUAAAGAAACUGUUGAUGUUUUAAAACCUAACUUGCAAGAGGACACUCACAAAGAUAACAAUUUGUACUCUUGUACAACUUGUGGUGAUUUUUAUUCUCAAAAUAGUGACCUGACUGUACACUCGAAAAGUCACACAGGUGAAAAGCCUUUUCCAUGUCUGACAUGUGGAGAAAGCUUCAUGAGAAAAGCACAUCUAACAGUUCACACGAGAACUCACACGGGUGGGAGGAUUUAUGAAUGUCUGCACUGCGGUAAAGGCUUCAUUAAUAGGUCUGCGCUUGAUAAACACAUCAGAACUCACACAGGUGAGAAGCCUUUCUCCUGCACUGUUUGUCAUAGAAAUUUUACUGUGAAAGGUCAUUUGACUGAACACUUGAGAACUCACACAGGUCAAAGGACUUUUUCCUGUAGGACUUGCAAGAAAAGCUUCAUAUCAAAAACUCGUGUAAACGACCAUAUGAGAGUUCACACAGGUGAGAAGGUUUUUGAAUGUGUAUCUUGUGGGAAAAGCUUUGCUAGGAAAAGUCAUCUGGUUAGACAUUACAGAACUCACACAGGUGAGAAGCCUUUCAAAUGUCUGUCCUGUGGAAAAAGCUUCACUCACAAAUGUAAUCUCGAUACACAUAUCAGACUUCACACAGGGGACAAGCCUUUUAAAUGUCCCUCUUGUGGUAAAAGCUUCACUCAUAAAUGUAAUCUUGAUACACACAUCAGACUUCAUACAGGUGACAAACCUUUCAAAUGUCUGUCUUGUGGAAAAAGCUUCACCCAUAAGUCUAAGCUUGAUACACAUAUCAGAACUCACACAGGUGAAAAGCCUUUCUCCUGUACGAUCUGUGGAAAAUGUUUUACCGUAAAAGGUAGGCUGACUGAUCACAUGACGAUCCACACCGAUGAGAAGCUCUUUUUGUGUGGGAUCUGUGGGAAAGGAUUUUGCGUAAGCAGUAGCUUAAAAGUUCACUUCUCUAUUCACAAUAAUGAGACGGCUAAUUUCUGUGUAAUAUGUGGAAAAAGUUACUCUAGAAAAAAAUAUUUAAAAGCUCACAUGAAAAUUCACCACGGCAAAACACCGCAGGAAUCCACAUGAGAACCAUUUUCUAUGAUAAUAGAAGGAAAUGAUGCACGCUAUGGAUGUCACAAUCUGAUAUUAAUAUCGGAUAUUGGUCCGAUAUCAGCCAAAAAAACUAAAAUCGUAUUUUAUCGGCCCACAUCUAAAAUCUCCAAUAUCUUCAUGCUGAUAGAAGGACUCAGCUUCUGCUUUUUUCCCCCUUUUUAGGAUACUUUAUAAAGCCUUUUCUAACAUUCUACAGUAUAAAAUAAGUAAUGAAACUGGUACAAUUUGUGCUAAUUUCAUAUUAGGUCAAUAUCAGUAAUGCAAAGUCAAUACCAAUUCACAAAGCUGCAAUAUUGGUAUCGUAUUGGAAAUGAACAAGUUGUAUAGGGAAAAUUCUAAUACACACCACUUCAAAAAUGGCAUAGUAGAUGUUUGCACAGUUCUGGAGUUACACAAAACAUCUGGAUAACCCGCAUUCCAAGGUUCUUCGUAAAUCUAAUAAGAUCAUGUUUCUGCUAUAUAGUUUAUUCAACUCGUUCCCAAACAAAGACAAGCUAUGGCUCGUUUUGAAACGGGAAAAUUGUAGCUCCUACCUCCUGUUCCUAGCUAAUAUCCCUUUGUAUUUGAGGGGGUCAACAGUUAGAACACUAUUCUGGGUAGGAUAGGAGAUCUGGACUGCUGUGGUGAAUCCAGGCAGCCUUCUGCUUGACAGGUGCCAUUAUACAACCGAAAUCCUGCUUCCCAUAUUGGGACUACAAUCUUAAGAACUAUAGAAGAGUUACACAAAUGUAGCAAAUGGCUGAAAAUGGAAGUAAAACAGUCAACCAAACUAGAUUGUGUCUUACUAUUAUCAAGG